AAAAGAAAGUAAAGUAAGAGACAUAUUUGCAUUUCGAAGAAUUAAAGAGCUGCCAGAAUCAUUUAACCAAAGGAGCAAAAAGAAACGAACGACACAUUUUCACAAUAAUGGAAUUCCCUGACAUGGACUCAAUGAAACUGCAGAGUCGGCCUGUGAUCUUUGAUUUUGAGGGCAUUUCUAUGACCCACUUCUUCACUGACAACUGGGAAAAUGUGAAGAACUUCCAGGCAAGACCAGAUGACAUUCUAAUCGCCACUUACCCCAAAGCUGGUACCACCUGGGUUUCUUAUAUACUGGACCUGUUGUAUUUUGGCAAGGAUAAUGCACAGACAAAGCCCAUUUAUGAGAGCGUGCCAUUCCUGGAGUCCUGCUUUCAAAAGUUUCCAGCAGGGACUGAAAUGGCAGAUAAUGUGACGACUUCUCCUCGUCUCAUCAAAACUCAUUUACCUGUUCAGCUGGUGCCCAAGUCCUUCUGGGAGCAAAACUCAAGGGUGGUGUAUGUAGCUCGUAAUGCAAAAGACAAUGCCGUUUCCUAUUUUCAUUUUGAUCGAAUGAACAUGGCACAGCCUGAAUCAGGAGACUGGAACAGCUUUUUACAGAAAUUUAUGGAAGGAAAGAAUGUGUUUGGUCCGUGGUAUGACCAUGUCAGCGGAUGGUGGGAGAAGAAACAGACAUAUUCUAAUUUACUGUACUUGUUCUAUGAGGAUUUGGUCGAAGACACAGGACGUGAGGUGGAACGCUUGUGCUCCUUCUUGGGAUUAUCAACUUCACCUGAGGAGAGAGAGAAAAUAACAAAAGGAGUUCAUUUCGAUGUCAUGAAAUAUAACAAUUUGACCAAUUAUUCCACAUUCCCUUUCAUGGACUUCAAAAUUUCACCCUUCAUGCGGAAAGGUAAAGUUGGAGACUGGAAAAAUCACUUCACUGUGGCACAAAAUGAACAGUUUGAUGAAGUCUACAAACAAAAGAUGAAGAACACCACUGUCAAGUUUCGGACUGAACUUUAAAGCUUGCGUUCCGGACAUUGAUGCAGAAUAGUCACUAAAUAAUA